GUCAUUACACCAGGACCUCCUUGGGGUAGGACCUGGGGAAACCACACAGGAAGGCGGCAGGGGAGGACAGGCAGCAUGCAUUUGAGAAUCAUUCUUGUGGCCACCAGCUUAGUUUUUGCCUUUGUGAAUGUUUCAAGAGCCCAGCUAGGGAAGUCCGGGGCCGGUCCUGAUUUGGGGGCCACUGGGUUGUGGGAGGGCUCGGCUCCCAACAACUCGUCUCCCAUCAGUAACAGCUCCUCCCCGUCCAGGGGGGUCCUCCAGGGGUUCUGCUACCUGGGAGUGUCCGUCCUGGGCUUCGGCUCCUCCAUGGUACCCGUACGAAGCCGGGACGUUGGCGACGGUUUUUUCUACCAGCUGAUUUUCUGCAGCACCAUGGCCCUUGAGGCUCUCUUUGCCUUCCUGAUCCGAGGCUGUCCUGAGGUCCGGGCCCUGGGCCUUCUGGCAGGCUUCCUGUAUAGCUUGGGGAAUUUGGCCACUGUGCCCAUCAUUAAGACCAUUGGACUUGGUCUGGGCACCCUGAUCUGGUCCAUUUUCUCUCUGCUCAUUGCGUGGGCCACGGCCAGAUUUGGCUGGUUUGGGAUUGACCCACAAGACGUGCCUAAUCCUACCCUCAACUAUAUUGGAACUGGAUUCACAGCAAUGAGUCCCCUGAUACUCUUCUUCCUCAAGAUGGACGACAGGCCGGAGGAGGAGGAGGAGGACAACGAAAGGCAGCCGCUUCUGCAGAGAGGCAGCCUUCCAUUAGUACAGCUUGGCCCUGAAGAUACCCUGAAGAUCAGCUUAUUUGAUAGCCUCAGUCACCCGACCAAAAGGAUCCUGGGUACCGUACUUGCUGUCUGUUCAGGAAUCUGCUAUGGGUGUUCGUACACACCCAUCUUAUACAUAAAGGACAAUUCCUUGAAGAACCACACUCACUUCCGGGGUGCAAGUCAGUUUGACCUGGACUAUCUUUUUCCACAUAUGGUUGGGAUUAAUGCACUGACCACAGUGGUUUUCUUCGGAUAUUGCUUUGUUCUGAAAAAUAGGCCUCAGUUACCAAACUGUGUGGUACCCGCUUUCCUCGGUGGAUCCCUUCAUUUUGUUUCCUACUUCGCCUUCUUUGAAGCUUGCUAUUACCUGGGAACGAUCAUCACAUACCCAAUUGGCUGCACAGGUCCAGCAUUGAUAUCUCUUUUAUGGAGUGUAUUUUACUUUAAAGAACUAAGAGGUUUGAGAAAUCUCCUUAUCCUGGCAGCUGUGAUCGUCACUGUUGUAUGCGGAGUCACUUUGAUUACUUUGUCAAAGAUUGACCCCUGAGAUCAACAUCAUGCCCUGUUGUUUUAACAACUGUCUACGGAUAAUCUCUCGGUCGUUUAAUGUCUAAAUACGUUAUGAUUCUGUGCAUCGGAACUGCCUUUGCAUCAACGACAUGGUCUGAAAAAUAUGUACAGGUCAAUACCCAAGAACGUCUCUUUAAAACUGCAAUACCAAGAAGGAACUACAAUACCCAGAGGACAUUGCAAACAACACCCGCACGUCUGCAAAAGGCUGCCGUCUCGUUGAUACACAAACGAAUGGAUCUAAAUUAAAGUUGUGACAUUUUAUUCAUGGCUGCCAGAUGAGGUACAUGCUCCUGUAGACCGAUGGCGCCGGGCGACGUGGUGCCGGAGCACGCCAAGCAGCCCAAGCAGCCCAAGCCCAAGGAGAAGCGGCCCGGCUCCAAGGCCCUGAAGGCGGAGUGCGAUGCGGACGGCUCCUUCGUGUUCGAGGCCCACGAGGCCUGGAAGGACUUCCACAACUCCCUGCGCCACUUCUACGAAGUCGGGGAGCUAUGUGACGUCACGCUGAAGGUGGGCAGCAGGCUGAUACCAUGCCACAAGCUGGUCCUGGCCUGCGUCAUCCCCUACUUCAGGGCCAUGUUCCUGUCGGAGAUGGCGGAGGCCAAGCAGGAGCUGAUCGAGAUCAAGGACUUUGACGGGGACGCCAUCCACGACCUGGUGCACUUUGCCUACUCGUCCCGGCUCAUCCUGACCGUGGACAACGUCCAGCCGCUGCUGUACGCCGCCUGCAUCCUCCAGGUGGAGCUGGUGGCGCGGGCCUGCUGUGAGUACAUGAAGGCCCACUUCCACCCCACCAACUGCCUGGCGGUGCGCACCUUCGCCGAGAGCCACAACCGCGUGGACCUGAUGGACAUGGCGGACCGCUACGCCUGCGAGCACUUCUGCGCCGUGGUGGAGUGCGAGGACUUCCCGUGCGUGUCGCCGCAGCACCUGCGCACGCUGCUGUCGUCGGGCGAGCUCAACAUCCACGCCGAGGCGCAGGUCUACAGCGCCGCCGUCAAGUGGCUGGCCGCCAACCCCCAGCACCACGAGGCCUGGCUGGACCAGAUCCUGUCUCAGGUGCGCCUGCCGCUGCUCCCCGUGGACUUCCUGACGGGGACGGUGGCCAAGGAGGAGAUGAUCAAAGGGAACCUGAGCUGCCGGGACCUGCUGGACGAGGCCAGGAACUACCACCUCCACCUCAGCAACAAGGUGGUGCCCGACUUUGAGUACUCGGUCCGCACCACGCCCAGGAAACACACAGCAGGCGUCCUGUUCUGCGUGGGCGGCCGCGGCGGCUCUGGAGACCCGUUCCGCAGCAUCGAGUGCUACUCCAUCACCAAGAACAGCUGGUUCUUCGGGCCCGAGAUGAACAGCCGAAGACGCCAUGUUGGAGUCAUCUCUGUCGGAGGGAAGGUGUAUGCCGUGGGAGGUCACGACGGCAGUGAGCACCUGGGCAACAUGGAGAUGUUUGACCCCCUCACCAACAAGUGGAUGAUGAUGGCCUCCAUGAACACCAAGAGGCGGGGCAUCGCGCUUGCGGCGCUGGGCGGUCCGAUCUACGCCAUCGGAGGCCUCGACGACAACUCGUGCUUCAACGACGUGGAGCGCUACGACAUCGAGAGCGACCGCUGGAGCGCCGUGGCCCCCAUGAACACGCCCCGCGGCGGGGUCGGCUCCGUGGCCCUGGGGAGCCACGUGUACGCAGUGGGGGGCAACGACGGGGUGGCGUCCCUGUCCAGCGUGGAGCGCUUCGACCCCCACCUCAACAAGUGGACGGAGGUGACGGAGAUGGGCCAGCGGAGGGCCGGCAACGGCGUCAGCAAGCUCAACGGGUGUCUGUAUGUCGUCGGCGGCUUCGAUGACAACUCCCCUCUGAGCUCAGUCGAGCGGUUUGACCCGCGCUCCAACGACUGGGAGUACGUGUCGGAGCUGACCACGCCGCGGGGCGGGGUCGGCGUCUCCACGGUGAUGGGCCGGGUGUUCGCCGUGGGCGGGCACAACGGCAACAUCUACCUGAACACAGUGGAGGCAUUCGAGCCGCGCAUGAACCGGUGGGAGCUGGUGGGCUCGGUGUCCCACUGCCGUGCGGGGGCUGGCGUGGCCGUCUGCCUCUCCCACAUCAGCCAGAUCAGAGACGUGGGCCUGGGCUCCAGCAACGUGGUCAACUGCAUGUGAUAGCAGGCCGGGUAGAACUCCAUAUCCCAUGGAACCCGACGGCCACAGCCCUCGAUCCCACCAAGACACCCACACUCCCACUGACUCCGACUCAAUGGCCGCACCGCAAUCCCUUUUGUUUGGGUUUAUCUUAGGGUUUCCUCACCGAAAAAAACACUUUGCACACACACUUAUGACAUUUCUUUCGCUCUCGCAGACGGCAAAGACUUGAGUCCUGAGGAGGAUUCCUUUGAGGAGGAUUCUGAGGAGGAUUCUGUCUAUAUUGUGUUUUAUGAAUGCGUUAUCAAUCUGAAGCCAUGUCUGAAGCCUUCCUCUUUUAAGAAGGACUUCCCCUCCUGGGUCUUUCCCCGCCCGCUCGCAACCCCCCCCCCCCCACCCCCCCCGUUCAGUGAUGUGUUUAUUGUGUUACCUUGUCCUUCUGCUUCCUUGGUUUGACCUCUUGUCAGUAAGUGUUGUUUUGUUAUUUUAAUAAGGGAAAACGUUCACAGACAUUAAGCGUUGCUUCCUGGACCAACUAUAAGAGUCAGAAGAGUACAAAACUAUCUCUUUAACCUUUCGUUUGACCCCUUUCUAGAGAUUGCACUUAUAACCCUCCCGCUCGGAUCAUCGACGGGAGGCUCAUGCUGGCGAGAACGUCACCAACACGCAGGAACAACUGAUUUCAGUUAAUUUUGUAUUUUGUGCAGUUGUUUACGUAUUCGAAAUAUCUUGCAAAGCGAGGGACGGUCGACCAUUUUGGAUCAGGGGGGGUGGAUCUCUUUCUUUGUGCUCUUUUCGACAGGGUCGCCCACAUCACAAGGGCCGCUACUUGUCCUGGCAACAAUCGUCCCCGGGGUGCGUUGCUAGCUGCACUCAAUAAAACAAUCUGCAGAGGUCAAUCCGAGUUGUCAGGGAAUCCUAAACCUUGAUUUGUUUUCUGUGUCAGGUAGCUUGACGAUAGCAGGUCUGUUCGUAACCCUUUAGUCAUGUAAGUGAUGACAUUCAAAAAAAAGAAUUGAGGUGUCUCUCUGCCUAAAGACACAAGUAUAUUUUAAUAUAUAUUAUAUAUAUAUAUAGACACACGUGUAUAUAUAUAUAAAUAUAUAUGUUUUUUGUAGGAUGAAUGGGGUGUAUCUUUUGUGGCGUUUGAUUUGAUACACUGGGUUAGCCGUAGCUAGGCACUGAUCUAUAGUACAUGGCAAGUUUGUUCUUUUGUGGGAUUUGUUUCAAUUGUUUUUCAAUUGAUUACGUAUUUCCUUUUUUUUUUUUACUAUUUGUUGGAAGACUUUUGGACUAUGUUUCAGGCAUUUUGGAUGAUCCGUUUUUGAUACAGCCUGACUGAAUGGGGUUAUUUUGAGUUAUGCUGACAUUCUGAGGUAUUUUUUGAUGGUGGUAGCAUGGUGUAUCUACUUGCCAAUUUGUUUAAAAUAAGUGUAAAAGGUUUGCUGUUCUACCUAUUUGUUAUUCCCAUUCCUCCUUUUGGAUUGCUUGAGUCUUAUUACGUUAACCUAUUUGAUGUCAUUGGUUCUAAUAAAUUUAAGCAUUGAAUAAGA